UCACUCAAGUUAUCAUAUCAAAUUAGAAGAGAAAGAAUCGAGUGCUCACUCAAGUUUUCAUAUCAAAAAUUAGAAGAGAACCAAAUAUGAAGCCAAUCUCCGAUAACAACGAAAGAUGGGAGGAGAAGUUGAAGGAUUUAACGAUCAACGUGAAGCAGAUACAAGACAAAUUGUUGGAGGAGAUACUCACACCUAACCUAAAAACAGAGUACCUCCAACGUUUUAACAUCGACAGGUUUGAUAAAGAGCUCUUCAAGAAGAACGUACCGGUGGUGACCUAUGAAGAUCUUAAGCCUUAUAUCGAUCGUGUCGUUAAUGGAGAGUCAUCAGAUGUCAUAUCUGCCCGCCCUAUUACCGGUUUCUUGCUAAGUUCGGGAACUUCGGGAGGAGCACAAAAGAUGAUGCCAUGGAACCACAAGUACUUGGACAAUUUAACAUUCGCAUACGAUCUUCGUAAGCACGUUGUAACCAAGCAUGUGAAAGGUUUGGAGGAAGGAAAAGGGAUGAUGUUUCUCUUCACUAAACAAGAAUCAAUUACUCCUUCUGGCUUGCCUGCUCGAGUCGCAACCAGCAGCUAUUUCAAGAGCGACUAUUUCAAGAACCGGCCAUCUAACUGGUAUUACUCGUACACGAGCCCUGAUGAAGUCAUCUUAUGUCCUAACAACACGCAGAGUCUAUACUGCCAUUUGCUCUGUGGCUUGGUCGAAAGAGACGAGGUUGUGAGAAUGGGUUCCAUCUUCGCUUCAGUCAUGGUCCGAGCAAUCAAGUUUCUUGAAACUUAUUGGGAAGAGUUGUGUUUAAACAUCCGAUCAGGCCAACUCAGCGAGUGGAUCACAGACCUCGGUUGUCGAAACUCGGUGUCUUUGGUCCUUAAAGAGCCACUUCCUGAGUUAGCAGACACAAUCGAAACGAUAUGCAAACAAAACUCUUGGAAAGGUAUAGUCACAAGAAUCUGGCCAAAGACUAAAUACAUUGAAACCGUUGUUACGGGUUCAAUGGGACAGUAUGUUCCCACGUUGAACUACUAUUGCAGCGACUUGCCUCUCGUUUCAACAACUUACGGUUCUUCGGAGACUACGUUCGGGAUCAAUCUUGAUCCUCUGUGCAAACCUGAAGAUGUUUCUUAUGCUUUCAUGCCCAACAUGUCUUACUUUGAGUUCAUACCAAUGGAUGGAGACAAGCGCGAUGUGGUCGACCUUAAAGAUGUGAAACUUGGAUGCACUUAUGAACCUGUGGUCACAAACUUCGCCGGAUUGUAUAGAAUGAGAGUGGGAGAUCUUCUAUUGGUGACUGGUUUCUACAACAACGCGCCUCAGUUUAAGUUUGUAAGAAGAGAGAACGUGGUCUUGAGCAUCGAUGCCGACAAAACCAACGAAGAAGACCUGUUCAAGGCCGUGAGUCAAGUGAAGCUAGUUCUUGAUGCAUCGGAACUCAUUCUUGUAGACUUCACAAGCUAUGCUGAUACCUCAACAUUUCCGGGUCAUUACGUUCUUUAUUUGGAAGUAAAGGCCAAAGAGGGAGAGAAUAAAAAGCAGAAGAAGUAUUUGGAGCUCAAUGAAGAGGCCUUCUCCAAAAGCUGUCUAGUGAUGGAGGAUUCUCUUGACAAUGUUUACAAGAGAUGUAGGUUCAAAGACGGAUCAAUUGGGCCUCUGGAGAUAAGAGUGGUGCGUCAAGGGACGUUUGACUCUCUCAUGGACUUUUUCAUCUCGCAAGGUGCUUCCAUCGGUCAAUACAAGACUCCAAGAUGCAUUAAAUCAGAAAAGGCCUUUGAGUUUAUGGAGGCAUGUGUGGUUGCCAAAUUCUUCAGUUCUUGAAAUUGUUCUUCCUUGGAUUUAGGUCCAAGUAACUUGGUGUGGAAUCGUUGAUCUGGAUUGUGCAAUUAAAUGUACAUGUGUCUAUGCUGUGUACUAAUUUUUCUGAAUGUGGAUUUCUAAUAUAUAUAUAUUGAGCAACAGAGCAAGACCUGAUUUCA